CAUACUUUACUGAGGUUACGCAAAGCACAUAGGCUCUUUUUCUCAACUCCUAAGCAAUCGCUCAAAAUCAUGAAUUUUAUUCAGGAUGCUGAAGCCUUAGCUCGUAACUAUUUGAAUGUGACUCCUGAAAUAGUAAUUAACAGUUUAGAAUUAGGAUUAAUAGCAUGUACGUUUUGGGCGAUUUAUUUAUGGAGAAGCAGUGAGAAGAAUCUUCCUCCUGGUCCAGUAGGAGUUCCAAUUUUGGGAUACCUUCCUUUUCUUGGGAAAGAAGCAUACAGAACUCUACAUGAUUUGACUUUCACUUAUGGACCUAUUUUUAGUUUAUACCUCGGGAGACGUCUAGUAGUGGUCUUGGGCACUUUUGAAGUUGUUAAAGAAGCUUUGUCGAAUAAUGACAUCUUGGAUCGCCCUAAAAAUCCGCCAAACCACCUCUUACCAGAUAGCACAAGUUUAAGUAUUUCGAACGGCCAAGUAUGGAAAGAGCAAAGACGAACUUCCGUUCGAAUUCUUCGCGAUUUGGGAAUGGAAAAACCAGCAAUGGAAACUCAAAUACAGGAAGAACUCAAUAAAUUUACCAAAGAAAUUGAUUCCAGACGAGGACAUGCUAUGAAUUUGGACGAAGUCCUUCUUCCCAGCGUAUCGAACAAUAUUCUGGCCAUGCUGAUUGGACAUUCUUUGGAUUACAAACAUAAAGACAGAAUCUUCCUCAAUACUAUUCUGAAGACCAUGGUUCUUUAUUUCAGGCCAACACGUUUGCAUGCCUAUUUUCCAAACGCUAAGUUCUGGAUGGCCAAAUUCAAAAUCUGGGGUUAUGACCAAAUGCAAGACAAAAUGAACAGUUUGAGUAACUUUCUCGAGGAAGUAAUCAAAAAACACAAAGAACAUUUCGAUAAACAAGCUCCAACAAGCUACAUCGAUGCUUACUUACUAACUAUGGCAAACCGUGAUAAAAACUCUUCAUUUACAGACAAAAUGCUGAAAGGGAACUUUCUGUCUCUUCUGGGAGCAGGAAGUUCACCAACACAAGCCACUAUUAAAUGGGCCCUUGCGUCCAUGAUUCUUUAUCCAGAAAUCCAAGAGAAAGUCCAUCAAGAAUUGGAUUCAGUCAUCGGUAAAGAUCGUUUACCUUCAUGGUCGGACCAUAUAAGCCUCCCUUACACGUUGGCAGUGGUCUAUGAAACGUUGAGGCAAUAUAGCACUGUGCCUAUAAGCAUGCUUCGAAGUACAGCCAAAAGAUGCAAGAUUGCCGGUUAUGACAUCCCAAAGGAUUCAAUCAUAAUGACAAAUAUCUGGGGAGUCCAUCAUGACCCUCAAUACUGGGAGGAUCCAUCAUCUUUUAAGCCAGAACGUUUUUUGCAAAACGGCAAAGUCGUUCGACCUCCUGCUUUCAUUCCAUUUUCCUACGGUAAAAGGAACUGUCUUGGUGAGCACAUGGCUGAAGUAGAAGUAUUUCUCUAUUUCACAAGACUAAUGCAAAGAUAUAUAAUUACAUUACCAGAUAAUGUGGAGAAAAAAUUUAAUGAAGUCCUAGGAAUAGCCAAAGUUGUUUUCUUAAGCAACAUUUGUCUAAAACUCCGUGACGAAGUGUAUUCAGAAAAGAUGGAUUCUGCUUUAAAGGAUGCUAAAGCUAAGUAAUAAAUUUAUACGCAAAUGACUUA